AAAUCAGAACAGCCCUAAAUCCGCCAUUGAUCGCCAUUGCCGAGCAUGGAGGACAAUUUCAAAGUUCGUGUGGACAGAAUUUUUGGCUCUCUCUCUUCUUCUUCAUCGUCAUCUUCUUAUUCUACGGCAGCUUUCAACUCACCUCUGAGUUCUCUGUGGUGCCUUACGGACGAUGAGGUCGAGAGGAGGGAGUGGAUCAAGGGGAAGGUAGACCAACCGGAACCGGAGCUCGAGCCGAACUCGUUCCUCGCCGGCGAAAGGAAAGUGAACGGAAGGAAUUCAUUUCGAUUCCGAGAUGAUUUUGAGGAUGACGUCGGUGAUUUGGACGAAGAUCCAGAGUCGAAUGGAUCGUCGAGUAAUUUUCCUAAGCCUGACGAUUAUGGAGAUGAAGAAUGGGAAAUAAAGUCCUUGAUUGGACGGGACUGCACCCUUGAUUUCGAGGAAGAGGAAGAUGAGUAUGAUAAAGUUGCUGUUGGCAAGGAGAAAGUUGGAGAUCGGUUGUAUAUGAAGGACAUAACUGACUGUGGUGUUGAAAUAGAUUCGUGUACUGAACUUCCUACUUCGAUACGAAAUUUCACCAGAGAUCCGCGAGCUAAUCAUUUGGCUGCAAAAGUUCGGCUCAAGGAAGAUGCAGAAGCUUCUAAAACAAUGGAUUCUUUGCACGUCUCCGAGAACGGUGCAGUAGCCAUUGCUGUUUCUGAAUGCAAUGCUUCCCAUAACCCAAAAUCUAUUCUGAAGAGGAAAGAUAAUCCUCUUGAUGCCAAAUCGCACAAGCGUGUCCGAUUCGACCCUGAAUGUGAAAUUUCUCGAGAGCCUCAAGGAUCAGAAGAUAUCUCUAUGGAAGCAAACUCUUCCAUUGGAGCUGCUGAAGUUACCACUGAAGCAACCUUCCAAUCUCAAGGCUUUCGCCCUCAAGCUCCGGACUACUUACGAAAUCCAUCGAGAUACACGCAUUACACUUUCGAUUCAUCCAAUGAGGUGGAUGAAGAGUCCAACAAGAACGCCUAUAUGGAUUUCCUUCAGCUGGUGAGAGGAUCAAAGACGAUAGAACCGUCACAUCUCGAUGAUUUUUCAACUGGUCCACCAAAAUCAAUCACCUUCAUCCCAAAAAAGAAAGCAGGUGAUACAGUAAUGCUUGAAAAUCCUACCCCAGGGGAGCAAAAUCAUCAGAAUGGAGUUGGCAAGGAGCUUGUGCACCAGAAAGGCAUGCCCAUCGGCAUCGCAUCCGUGGACGCUCAAACUGAUGAUGUUUGCUCUAUGGAAGAAGACGAGCCUGAGAAAUUAGAAACUAGAAGAAACAGCUCACAAAAGACAGCCCGCCAGUACAGGAUGAGAGCUAAGAUGGACUCGGAGGAGGCCUGAUCGAUAUGAGGCUGUCCGAAUCUCGUCUUUACCGCACUUUGUUUGAUGCACAAUAGUUUUGGGACACUGUCAUGGACAGCCCCAUGUAUCGGGCGAGUUAACGAGUUACUAACUACAAAAUUUCCAGAUGACACUCUGCACCUCGAACCGUGAUCAUGGUCAAUAUCUCCGCUUCAAGCUCCAACCUCGGGGGGCAAGGUUCGUGUACGAGUAUGGUAACACGCAUUACAUAAUGACUGUUUUCGUAGUAAUUCAAAUAUUGGCUCGUGGUGUAAUUGGUUUGAUAAUAUGCAUGUUUCUCUUGAAUUAGGGAUAUGGUUGAAAUUGAGCCAUCAACUUUAAAAGGUAGAACUCAAAAGUUUUAGUUUAUUGCCUUCAAAGACGUAGAAGACAUUUAGAAGCUUCGUCUCAAUUUUACAGCAUGGUUAGAUGUCUCUUCUAAA